AAAAACAACAACCGAAAAAACUGGUUUUCAGCACAAGCAAUUUAUUUUUUAAACAAAACUUCCAAAUUUUACGGCUAAAAACGCAUAUCAGAAAACCAGCAACAAAAAAAUGCAAUAAUAAAUUAUUAAAAAAAAAUCUACAACAUAAAGAAACGCUAAAUAUAAACCAAAAAAAGAAAAAUCUUGUAACUUAAAUAACAAAUCCCCAACCGACAACAUGGUUGGUUCACAUGAUUCGGGAACGUGUGAUUGCUGUGGCACAUCAAGUGGUGGGAGUACAGAGCGGCGACAGCAACAACAACAGCUGCAGAGAGCACAUUUGCCACCAUUACCCAUACAACCGAUAUUACCAGCGGGGCCUCCACCACAACAGGCAGCAGCAGCUCCAGCUGCCGCCCAACCACGUCAACAACAGCAAGCAGCUGGCGGUGGCGGUGCGGAUAAUCCAAGACCACCUGGCCAACAACAGGCAAGACCACCCCAACAUGUACAAGAUCAGCAAAACAACAACAAUAAUAAUAACAACAACAACCCGCCUGCACACGCAAAUCCACAAAAUUUGGCCCAACAACGUAACAUUGCCCACUACGUCAAUCAAGUCAAUCUUCACCUGAAUUUGACCAACAACAAUCCGGAGCAACCGCCCGCCCAUCCACAGCAGCAGCAGCAGCCUCCACCACCGGCGCAGCACCAGCAACCGGCUCAUGCUCCACCUCCACAACUGGGACGAGACUAUGUCUACAACAACAACAAUAAUCACAUCUAUGUCAAUCCCCAUUCAUACGACACGAACACUGCCACCAGUCUAACCAACACCACAGCCUCUCAGAACACUGCCACAGGAUCAACGGCCCAAGCGGUGUCGCUGCAGCACACCACCGCAGGGGGUGGCAAUUUGGGUGGUGGCCAUGGUGAUCAUGAAAACAACAACGGCUAUGUCGGAGGUGGAGGUGGUGGCGGUGGUUCAGAGGCCGGCGCUGUCGGUGGUGGUGAUCUGACACGCCAACACACCUCCACAACCUUGAGCACCCUCAAUACAUAUCUCUUUCCCUGUGGUGCCGAUUCGGCCGGCACCAUAGGCGGUGUGACCUUCAAUGGCAGCCAUUCUUGCGACUUGGAUUCGAAUUUUAGUCGCAUGGUUGCGGGCAGCAGUGAAGGCGGUAGUUCGACCAUAAGUUCUGGCUUGGGUUUUAUAAAUAAACGUCGCAUCAAACGUCUCUUUGGCGUGGGUGGUGGUGGACCCUAUGCCUCGGCGUUGCGGCGACGCAGUUCCCAUCUCAUACAAUUUCAAACUGCGGCUCUGGCUGCCAAGAAACAACAACAAAUGGAACGAGAAGCUGCCGUUGCCUCGGCCAAUGCUGCCUUCUACGAGCAGCAGAAAAAGAAGAAGGAAAAGAAAAAGCCGCCCGGUCCACCGCCACAGGCCAGAAAUCAGAAUUCUCGUCAAAUGGAAGAUCCCAUGAUGAAUCGUCCGCGACGCAACACCAACAAGAAGAAGGAUGAACCGAAUCCGUAUGAGCAGCAGCUGCAGGCCCUUGCGGAACAACAUGACAAGUCUUUACCCAAAUUGAGCAGUCAAGACGAAGAAGGGGGGGCUGGUCAUGGCUAUGGUGGCGGGCCACAACACUUUGAACCCAUUCCUCAUGAUCAUGAUUUUUGCGAAAGAGUUGUUAUAAAUGUAAGCGGGUUAAGGUUUGAAACACAAUUACGAACGUUAAAUCAGUUCCCCGAUACGUUACUGGGGGAUCCAGCUCGGAGAUUACGGUACUUUGACCCGCUGAGAAACGAAUAUUUUUUUGACCGUAGUCGACCGAGCUUCGAUGCUAUUUUAUACUAUUAUCAAAGUGGUGGCCGACUACGGAGACCGGUCAAUGUCCCUUUAGACGUAUUUAGUGAAGAAAUAAAAUUUUAUGAAUUAGGUGAUCAAGCAAUUAAUAAAUUCAGAGAGGAUGAAGGCUUUAUUAAGGAAGAGGAAAGACCAUUGCCGGAUAAUGAAAAUCAAAGAAAAGUUUGGUUACUUUUUGAGUAUCCAGAAAGUUCACAAGCCGCCAGAGUUGUAGCCAUAAUUAGUGUAUUUGUUAUAUUGCUAUCAAUUGUUAUAUUUUGUCUAGAAACAUUACCCGAAUUUAAGCAUUAUAAGGUGUUCAACACAACUACAAAUGGCACAAAAAUCGAGGAAGACGAGGUGCCUGACAUCACAGAUCCUUUCUUCCUUAUAGAAACGUUAUGUAUUAUUUGGUUUACAUUUGAACUCACUGUUAGGUUCCUCGCAUGUCCGAACAAAUUAAAUUUCUGCAGGGAUGUCAUGAAUGUUAUCGACAUAAUCGCCAUCAUUCCUUAUUUCAUAACAUUGGGUACUGUCGUAGCCGAAGAGGAGGAUACAUUAAAUCUUCCAAAAGCGCCAGUUAGUCCACAGGACAAGUCAUCGAAUCAGGCUAUGUCCUUGGCAAUAUUACGAGUGAUACGAUUAGUUCGAGUAUUUCGAAUAUUUAAGUUAUCUAGGCAUUCGAAGGGUUUACAAAUUUUAGGACGAACCCUCAAAGCCUCUAUGCGGGAAUUAGGUUUACUUAUAUUUUUCUUAUUUAUAGGCGUUGUACUCUUCUCAUCGGCGGUUUAUUUUGCGGAAGCUGGAAGCGAAAAUUCCUUCUUCAAGUCCAUACCCGAUGCAUUUUGGUGGGCUGUUGUCACCAUGACAACCGUUGGAUAUGGUGACAUGACACCCGUUGGCUUCUGGGGCAAAAUCGUUGGUUCGCUAUGUGUGAUAGCUGGUGUGCUGACAAUCGCUCUGCCCGUACCCGUUAUUGUGAGUAAUUUCAAUUAUUUCUACCAUCGCGAAACGGAUCAAGAGGAGAUGCAAAGUCAAAACUUCAAUCACGUUACAAGCUGUUCAUAUAUGCCUGGUGCGUUAGGUCAACAUUAUCGAAAAUCUUCCUUGUCUGAAUCAUCGUCAGAUAUUAUGGAUUUAGAUGAUGGCAUCGGUACACCGGGCCUGACUGAUCAUCCAGGUCGUCAUUUAGCGCCAUUUCUAAGGACUCAACAGUCAUUCGAAAAACAGCAGCUACAGCUGCAGCUCCAAUCACAACAACAACAGCAACAACAACCUCAACAGAAUGGCAUUCGAGGGUCUAGCAAUUUAAAUCAGAGGCACAAUAGUGCCAUGGCGGUCAGUAUUGAAACCGAUGUCUGACUACUGGUAAAAAACGUGGAGCAUAGUAUUAAUUGGCGUCGUGAAAUGUUACGCUGGAUGCCUGAAACAACAUCAAAGGCGGUCUAAGAGAUCGCGCUGUUAUGAAUGUUUUUAUUAUUACAAAACCAGAAAAGAAAACAAACAAACACAACUCGAAACAAAAAAAAAAAACAAGAGAAAACGAAAAGAAAAUGAUGAAGACACAUAAAUAGAAUAGAAAUGAAAGUGACGCAAAAAGCAAAAUAGUAAAAAUAUUUUUUUUUGUUUUCUUUUUUUAGAGGAAAAAUAAAUUUAAUUAAAAAAAAAGAAAACAAAUAACAAAAGCAAAUAAGCAACAGAUGAAGCCGAGAAGUAAAAGAAAACAAUAAAUUUAUAUUUAUUAUAGUUAUGUUUAAUUUUUUUUAAUUUAAUUUUUUAGACAACCAAAUAUAAAAAAGAAAAUUCAAUAAAUUUGAAAACAUUUAGCAAAUAUCACUGUUAGUAAAAAUAUUAAA